UCCUAAGCUUCAGUACAGUGUCAGAUUCCGCAGCGCGUUGGUGCCCCAUGUCAGACCCAGUUGCUGCACCCGCUGAUGAUGUGGCUGGAAGGAAGUCGACAGAUUCUUCAGCAUCUAUCCCAAGGCCAAAGGAGCCAGAAGAGAUGACAGCAGAGGAACGCUCCGCCUUUGCCGAGAAAUGCAAAGGAAUUGGCAAUCGCGGUUUUCAGGCAGGGGAUUGGGACUAUGCAGUUGUGGCCUACCAGGAAGGCAUCAGAUAUUUAGAGUUUGUAGCCCAUGACCAGCAGAUGCAGCCGUUGCCAUCCGACCAUGGAGGCGCGCAGCGUUUAGAGAAAGAUAUGGCGCUGGCAGUGACGAUUUUCAGCAAUUUGGCCGCCACCAUGCUGAAGAUGGAUGAGCCCAGCGAGGCGCUGGGCUAUGCGGAGAAAGCCUUGCGCUUUGAUCCGAAACAUGUGAAAUCGCUCUUCCGGAUGGGUCAAGCCCAUCUAGCACUGGGCAACUUUGAUGCGGUGCACCUGACUGCGAAGGAACUGGAAGAGCAGGAGCAAGAGGAAGUCUACUGAAAGACACUGACUGGGCACCCAUUUCCGUUGUAUAAUAUUUUUUAUUUGCCAUUUACGAGCCUUUAUGCCUGUUUUUCCGUCCACUAUUUGUUGAAGCAAAGUGGCCACAGGUCCUUGGCUCCAUCUGCGGUCUUGCAUUUGUGGCUGAUGCUCACUAUCCGGUCUUGUGUGUUUCGUUUGGUGCUUUGUUUGGUUGUGUUUGUUUGUUUGGUUGCUUGCGUGUGCCUCCCUUUGUUGGAUAGUAUGUGCAUCCAGCCCCUUCUGGCUGCAAGUCUGCCGCGUCUCCUUUUGCUGCUGCUUUGGGGCCUGAUGGGGCCUGCCUACAACAGCCUCUCUCCUGGCCAGUUUUUGUUUUUUUCCGUCCUUCCAAGAAGUACGUUUUUUUUUUUCUCCUGGCCAGACCAGUGUAGUGAACAACUCCCAGCAAGCGCCAUUAUGCUGUCCCCAUGUCUUGCAGCCAUAUAAA